AUGUUGUGUCUCCAUGUUUUGUUCACAGGGUCCAGGUAGAAAGACCUGGGUCACCUGUACCCAGCUGUCUGUCCACGAAGAGUGAUCAUUCAAUGGAUCGUCCAAUCACAUUCAGGGGAGAGUUCGCAGGUGAUCAAAGGGUCCAGGUAGAAAGAGCUGGGUCACCUGAACCCAGCUGUCUGUCCAUGAAGAGUGAUCAUUCAAUGGAUCCUCCGAUCACAUUCAGGGGAGAGUUCGCAGGUGAUCAAAGGGUCCAGGUAGAAAGAGCAGGGUCACCUGAACCCAGCUGUCUGUCCAUGAAGAGUGAUCAUUCAAUGGAUCGUCCGAUCACAUUCAGGGGAGAUUUCGCAGGUGAUCAAAGGAUACCGCAGUCACUGCAGUCCUGCUCUUUAGAAGAGAACAGUUCAGAGAAAUUAUCUUUCACAAGACAGCUUGGCUGGUUUGGGAUAGAACCCACAUGUGGUCUAUACUGGUCAGAUGUGUUCCAGUCUCCUGAGAUAGGGGGCGCUGUUUAUAAAAUGAGUCUUUCACAGGAGCCAGACACCAAAGGAGGAACCCUCAGCACUAAGAGGAAGAGGGUCCAGGUAGAAAGAGCAGGGUCACCUGUGCCCAACUGUAAGUCCACGAAGAGUGAUUGUUCAAUGGAUCGUCCAUUCACAUUUAGGGGAGUGUUCGCAGGUGAUCAAAGGAUACCACAGUCACUCCAGUCCUGCUCUUUAGAAGAGAACAGUUCAGAGAAAUUAUCUUCCCUAAGACAGCUUGGCUGGUUUGGGAUAGAACCCACAUGUGGUCUAAACUGGUCAGAUGUGUUCCAGUCUCCUGAGAUAGGGGGCGCUGUUUAUAAAAUGAGUCUCUCAGAGGAGCCAGACACCAAAGGAGGAACCCUCAGCACUAAGAGGAAGAGGGUCCAAGUAGAAACAGCAGGGUCACCUGUACCCACCUGUAAGUCUAUGAAGAGUGAUCAUUCAAUGGGUCAUCCAAUCGCAUUCAGGGGAGAGGUCACAGGUGAUCAAAGGGUCCAGGUAGAAAGAGCAGGGUCACCUGUACCCAGCUGUCUGUCUAUGAAGAGUGAUCGUUCAAUGGACCGUCCAUUCGAAUUCAGAGGAGAGGUCACAGGUGAUCAAAGGCUCCAGGUAGAAAGAGCAGGGUCACCUGUACCCAGCUGUCUGUCUAUGAAGAGUGAUUGUUCAAUGGAUCGUCAAAUCAAGUUCAGAGGAGAGGUCACAGGUGAUCAAAGGGUCCUGGUAGAAAGAGCAGGGUCACCUGUACCCAGCUGUCUGUCUAUGAAGAGUGAUCGUUCAAUGGAUCGUCCAUUCACAUUCUGUGGAGAGGUCACAGGUGACCAAAGAGUCCAGGUAGAAAGAGCAGGGUCACCUGUACCCAGCUGUCUGUCUAUGAAGAGUGAUCGUUCAAUGGAUCGUCCAUUCACAUUCAGAGCAGGAGUCACAGGUGAUCAAAGAGUCCAGGUAGAAAGAGCAGGGUCACCUGUACCCAGCUGUCUGUCUAUGAAGAGUGAUCGUUCAAUGGAUCGUCCAUUCACAUUCACAGGAGAGAUCACAGGUGAUCAAAGGGUCCGGGUAGAAAGAGCAGGGUCACCUGAACCCAGCUGUCUGUCCAUGAAGAGUGGUCGUUCAAUGGAUCGUCCAUUCACAUUCUGUGGAAAGGUCACAGGUGACCAAAGUGUCCAGGUAGAAAGAGCAGGGUCACCUGUACCCAGCUGUCUGUCUAUGAAGAGUGAUCGUUCAAUGGAUCGUCCAUUCACAUUCACAGGAGAGAUCACAGGUGAUCAAAGAGUCCAGGUAGAAAGAGCAGGGUCACCUGUACCCAGCUGUCUGUCUAUGAAGAGUGAUCGUUCAAUGGAUCGUCCAUUCACAUUCACAGGAGAGAUCACAGGUGAUCAAAGGUUACUGCAGUCUCUCCAGUCCUGCUUUUUAGAAGAGACGAGUUCAGAGAAAUUAUCUUUCACAAGACAGUCUCUCCUGCGCACUUUGAUGAAGCUGAAGAAGGAUGAGAAGUUGAAACAGUUUCAGAGCCAUCUGAGUCAGGAUUGCCCAGAAUGCUUUAAGACUCUGUCUGAAGAUCCUUCUGUACUGGUUAAGUUUAUGAAGAUGAAGGAAUUGUUCAAAAGUCAUCGAAUUGAAGAUUACCCAGAAUACAUUGGGAGAGAGCAGAAGGAUCCUGAGGCCCUGUACAUAGUUGAGAAGUUGCUGGAGACCUGUGGCAGUGAGAGGUCUCUGAAGAUCACACUCCACAUCCUGAGGAACAUGAAGCAGAAGGAUCUCACUGACUCACUGGAGAGAGAUGAGCAGCGCAAUGGAUCCAUAAAAAUAGCCCAGAAAGCACUUAAAGCUCAUCUAAAGAGGAAGUUUGAAUGCAUAUUUGAAGGUUUAGCAAAGCAGAGCAACCCAACCCUCCUCAAUGAGAUCUAUACAGAGCUCUACAUCACAGAAGGGGGAAGUGGGGGGGUCAAUAAUGAACACGAGGUCAGACAGAUCGAGACCGCAUCCAAGAGACAAACCACACAGGAGACUGCAAUCCUCUGCAAUGACAUCUUUAAGCCUUUACCUGGACAAAAGAAACCCAUCAGAACUGUGCUUACAAAGGGCAUCGCUGGCAUUGGGAAAACUGUCUCUGUGCAGAAGUUCAUUCUGGACUGGGAAGAAGGAAAAGCCAAUCAGGACGUUGAUUUCAUCUUCACUCUUCCUUUCCGAGAUCUGAAUUUGAAGAAGGAAAGAGCAUUCAGUCUGAUGCAACUUCUGCAGCACUACUUUCCACAACUGAAAGAGAGCCAAAGUGUUGAAGGUAAUGAGGUCAAAGUGGUGUUUAUCUUUGAUGGCCUGGAUGAAUGUCGACUUCCUCUAGAUUUCCAAGGUAAUGAGAUCUGCUGUGAUAUAACCGAAUCAUCAUCAGUGGAUGUGCUGCUGACCAACCUCAUUAAGGGGAAUCUGCUUCCCUCUGCUCUCCUCUGGAUCACCUCCCGACCAGCAGCAGCCAAUCAGAUCCCUCCUGAGUGUGUCCACCGAGUGACAGAGGUACGCGGGUUCAAUGACCCACAGAAGGAGGAGUACUUCAGGAAGAGAAUCAGAGAUCAGAACCAGGCCAGCAGAAUUAUCUCGCACAUAAAGUCAUCCAGGAGUCUCUACAUCAUGUGUCACAUACCAGUCUUCUGCUGGAUUUCUGCUACUGUUCUGGAGACAUUGUUGGGUGAAACAGAGAUUGGAGAUCUGCCCAAAACUCUGACUGAAAUGUACACACACUUCCUGCUCAUUCAGACUAAUGUGAAGAAUCAGAAGUAUCAUGGCACUGAUAAAACAGACUCAAAGAUGAUGUCAGCAUCAGAUACAGAAAUCAUCCUGAAACUGGGGCGGCUGGCUUUUCUACAGCUGGAAAAGGGCAAUCUGAUAUUCUAUGAAGAGGACCUGAGAGAGAGUGGCAUUGAUGUCUGUGAAGCUUCAGUGUACUCUGGGGUGUGCACAGAGAUCUUUAAAGAGGAAUGUGGGUUGUAUCAGGAGAAGGUCUACUGCUUUGUGCAUCUGAGCAUUCAGGAGUAUCUGGCUGCCUUAUUUGUGUUUCAUUCAUGUGUAAAUGAGAACAGAAAUGUACUCAGAGCAGAAGAAUCAAAAUCUCACAGUGACAGAGUGCAGCUGUCUGAGUUACACAGGACUGCAGUGGAUCAGGCCUUAAAGAGUAAGAAUGGACACCUGGACCUUUUCCUCCGAUUCCUUCUUAGCCUCUCUCUGGACUCCAGUCAGAUUCUCUUCGGAGGACUACUGACACAGACAGGAAGCAGAUCGCCUGUACCAGACCGACAGACACAUACAGAAAACAGAUUACAGAGCAUUGAGGAAACAGUCCAGUACAUUAAGGAGAGGAUCAGAGAGGAAUCUUCAGCAGAGAGGACCAUCAAUCUGUUCCACUGUCUCAGUGAACUGAAUGACAACUCCCUAGUGGAGGAAAUCCAGAAUUCCCUGAGAUCAGGAAAACUUUCUGAUAACAAGCUGGAACCACACCAGUGUUCAGCUCUGGCCUUUGUGUUACUGAUGUCAGAGGAGGUCCUGGAUGAGUUUGACUCAAAGGACUACAACACAUCAGCAGCAGGUCAUCAGAGACUGGUACCAGUAGUCAGGAACUGCAGAAAGGCCACACUGAACAACUGUAACCUCACAGAGGAGUCCUGCGAUAUUGUGGCCUCAGCUCUCCAGUCAUCAAACUCAACCCUGAGAGAUCUGGACCUCAGCUGCAAUAACCUGAGAGAUUCAGGAGUGAAGCUGCUCUGUGCUGGACUGAUGAGUCCAAACUGUAAACUACAGAGACUGGGACUGAACAGCUGUAACCUCACAGAGCAGUCCUGCGAUAUUGUGGCCUCAGCUCUCCAGUCAUCAAACUCAACCCUGAGAGAUCUGGACCUCAGCUGCAAUAACCUGGGAGAUUCAGGAGUGAAGCUGCUCUGUGCUGGACUGAUGAGUCCAAACUGUAAACUACAGAGACUGGGGCUGGGAUGGUGUAAUCUCACAGAGGGCUGCUGUGAUGUUCUGGCCUCAGUCCUGCGUUCUCCUCACUCAGAGCUGAGAGAUCUGGAGCUCAGAGACAACGAGCUGCAGGAUUCAGGAGUGACAGCGCUCUCUGCUGGACUGGAGGACCCACACUGUAAACUGCAGAGACUGGGGCUGUCAGGCUGUAGAGUCACACAGAGAGGCUGUGAUUCUCUGGCUUCAGCUCUGUGUUCAAACCCCUCACACCUGAGAGAGCUGGACCUGAGAUACAAUCACCCAGGAGACUCAGGAGUGAGAGCGCUGUCUGCUGCUAAACUGGACACACUCACACUGCUUGUGGACCAUGGAGGAGAGAACAGGACCAAACCAGGACCCAGGAAAUACGGCUGUCAGCUCUCACUGGAUCCAAACACAGCGCACAGAGAGCUGUCUCUGUCUGAGAGGAACAGGAGGGUGACACACACACAGGGGAGAGAGCAGCCAUGUCCUGAUCAUCCAGAGAGAUUUGAGCACUGGGAGCAGGUUGUGUGCAGAGAGAGUAUCUGUGAGCGCUGUUACUGGGAGGCUGAGUUCAGUGUGUCUGAGAGGGUGGGAGGGAUUUUUAUAGCAGUGACAGAUAAAGGAAUCAGCAGGAAAGGACGGGAUUCUGACUGUGUGUUUGGAUGGAAUGAAAACUCCUGGAGACUGGAGUGCAUUAAACUCAGUGACUCUGAUAAACUCAGUUACUCUGUCUGUCACAAUAAGAACCAAACAGACAUACCUGCCCCCCCCUCCCCCUACCGCAGAGCAGGAGUGUGUGAUGAUGGUAGAGGAGUGUGUGUGUACAGGGUAGGAGUGUGUGUGGACCGUCCGGCCGGCACUCUGUCCUUCUACAGCGUCUCUGACUCUGACACACUGACCCUCCUGCACAGAUUCCACACACACUUCACUCAACACACACCCCUCUGUGCUGGAUUUACAGUGUGGGACUCCUCCUCAGUGUCCCUCUGCCAACUGGAGUAGAGACACACACACACUCAUGUGCGCGCACACACUCAUAUACACAUACACGCACACACACACACCACACUCAUAUAUCCACUCAAACACACACUCAUAUACACAUACACAUGCACACUCAAUCUCACACACACACACGCACAUUCAGAUACACAUACACACACACGCUCAAUCACACACACACACACACACACACGCAUGCACACACACACACUCAUGUAUACAUGCACGCACACACACACACCUCACUCAUAUACCCACCCACUCACACACACACACACUCAUAUACACAUACACACACACACACACUCAGAUACACAUAGACACACACACCCACACCUACACACACAUCCACACACACACACACACACACACACACACACACUUCACUCAACACACACCUGUCUGUGCUGGAUUUAGAGUGUGUGACUCCUCAGUAUCCCUUUGCUCACUAAAGUAGAGACACAUACGCACACACACACACUCUCACUUACACUCCAGCACACACACAUACUUUCACACACACACACACUCACAAAUGCACACACUGGUGUACGCUCAUGCACACGCACUCACACACCCGCGCAUGCACACACUCAUGCACACACACUCACAAACUUACACACUCUCUCACGCCCAAUCACACACAUGCACACACACACCUACACACAUGAAAACACACAAUCUCUCGCACACACAAACACACACAUUCACCAGUGCACUCUCACGCGCACACACACAUGCAUGCAUAUGUACACACGCUCAUUACCGUAUGCACACACACACACACACACUCUCUCUCUCUCAUACUCAGUCACUCACACACACACACACUCUUUCUCUCACACACACUCACAUCCACAGUCACACACAGAUUCAUACAAACGCACGCACACACACACACAAACUCAUGCACUCACAAACACACACAUACAUGCGUGCAGAGACACAAACACGUGUAAACACACACACACACACAUUCUCAUUCCCAUACGCAUGCACACACAUGUAUCAACACACACACAUUCUCUUGCCCAUACACACACGCGCACACACACACUCAUGCACUCACACAUACACACUCACACAGACACACAUACAUGCAUGCGCACACAUUAUACAUGUCUACACAAACAUUCUCAUACCCAUACACACGCGUAUAAACACACACACACACAUUCACAAAGGCACUCUCACGCACACACACGUACACAUACAUACACUCAUUCUCAAUCGCACACACACUCUCACAUCCACAGUAAUUCACUCAAAUGGACGCACACAUGUACACACACAUGUACACACACACAGAGACAUACACACAUACAUGCGUGCACACGCACACACACACUUUCUCUUACCCAUUCACACACGCAACCCGGGCACACACAAACAUACUCACACACUCACUCAUAUGCACACACAUACUCACAUCCACAGUCACUCCCACAAACAUACGCAUGCAUGCACACACAUUCACAAAUACACACACACAAACACACUCUCACCCAAUCACACACACACACGUCGACACACUUGCAACCUUCCUUGACCAAUGCCUUACCAGUGCAAUUUCAGCUGUACCCAAUAUUAACCUCAGUACAGCUUAAACCCUGUACAUAAGAGUAUGAUCUUUCAGCAUGUUCAGGUUAUUUCAAAUGUUAAAGGUGUGUUAAUGUACUUUUGAUUAUUAAAACAUUAAUAUAACAUUGAGUGUAAUAAUGGCAAAAUAUGGCAGGGUAAAAUGUUUUUGAAGUAAUAACUCUCUCCUGUAUCUGCAUCUUUGUAUAAGAGAAGCCAGUGGCACUCCUCCACUUAAAUGUGCAUUUUACUAGUUUUUAUAGUUGCUUUCAUUCAUUUUCAUAAGAGUUCCAAUGUGCAAAUUUCAUUGGGCAAAUGCAGCUGAUAGGGAGAAUGCAGAAUGCUCACUGCAGUGUACUUAUUUCCUUUCAUUACUGUAAACAAUGAUGGGUUGAGUUUCCUUAUUGGGUCAGGAAGGAUUGGGUUUUUUUAACCUGUUGCUUUAAUUUUCUGUAUUUUCAGACAAUAGUCUUCAAUGAUUAAACUUGAAUUAUAAUAAACAUCAAA